AUGAAUGUCUUCCUGUAUGAGGAGAAUUCAUCAGAAACGUAUCCCGCAGAGCUGAUCAAUAAGUAUAUCAUGACGAAAACUUCGCUAGGAAAAGGUGGCUAUGGUGUGGUACAACUGGGAAAGUUGAGAAAGAACUGCCAGAAGCAGGUGGCCGUAAAGAUACUUGACACGGCACAAUUGUCUCGUACGAUUACAAAGGCAAAGGACGUCGAGAAGGAGGUGGCUAUAAUGUUGCAGAUCAAACAUGUAAGACUUGUCCAAGUUUCCUAUAAUUAA